AUGGCAGAAAUCGAAGACGAAAAUAAUAAAAAAAAAAAUAUUGAAAAAUUAGAAUCUUUUUUAAAGUUUCUUGUGUGUAAAGAAAAUGAAUUUAGAAAUCAACUAUUAAAAGGACAACAAUCACAAGAAUCAAAAACUGCUAUUUUAUUAUUAACAGAACUUAGAAAAACAUUGCAUGAUUUUUUGAAUGGAGUCGAAGGCAAGUAUCCAGGCAAUUUAGAAAGAAAGUACCUUAGGAUCUAUCAAGAAGCAUUCAGUUUGUUAAAGCAUCUCGAUUUAGAGGAAAGUGAGAAAAAAGAAUAUGAAAUCAAAUUAAAGGAAUCAAAAGAUGCGGUAGAAUAUUUAAAAAAAGGCAUACCAACCAAUUAUUCAGAUAAAAGAGGCAAAUUUGAAAACUAUUUCUACUCAGAUAAAGUCAAAAAAGCAUUUUUACUCCAUAAUAAAAAUGAUGAAUGUGCCGAAUCAAAUGUAGAAAAGGUGAAAACCCUAUUAGAGGAGUAUGAUCCAAAUAGUGAUUUUAUAUUAAACAUUGAAAAAAAACCUCUAAUAAGUCAAUUGGUUGCACUAUUGGAAGAAAAAAGAAUAUCCAUUCAAGACAGUGCCAACAAAGAAUUUGAUAGUAGAAUUAAACCAAAUAGUGAAUAUAAAAGAGAAUUCACACUUUCAGCCAAUUUUAGAAAUUUAUUUAUUUUAGAUAUUAUUGACAAAGAAUCCAAUAGUAUUUCAGAUUUAAUUAAUAAUUUCAAAGAACCCUCAUUAAAAAUGUCAAAAGCAUAUUUAUAUUCAAAUAUACCAGAAACCAUAAAUAAAAUGUACGAUAGUCAAACAUCAAUUUUUACAAAAUCACUCAUAGAAAAUGUUGAAACCGAUUUAAGAAAAGGCACCGGUAGAAACCUUGCAUCCAUUUCAAACUCCAUAAAGAAUGAUAUGGUCGAUAGACUAAUUACAAUUAAACCCGAAGAUGAAUUCGAUAUCAAAUACAAAGAAAACUUAAACAAAAACAUCAAAUUUAAUGAAGAAAUACUCAAUGAACAAAGAAAAAAGUUUAAAGAAGCAUUUGGUGGUUCAGAAAUUACAGAACUUGUAUUUGGUAAACUUCUUUUAAAUAGUUUACAAAUUUUUCAUGGUCAAGCCUCCAUUGGCGAUUUUUUAAUUUAUGACCAAUUUUUUUUAAAUAGCACAGACCCAAUUACUCAAUUACCACGACUCUCUAUAAAAAAUCCACGAACUAUUAUUCGUUUAAUUAAAAUGUCUGAUCAAUUUAAUCAAUGGGCUCGAACGAACUUUGUUGCUUCAAAUAUAGAUAGAUAUAUGGAACAACCAUCUCCAUCUAUUACAGAUAAAAGUCUUUCUAAAAAAACAAUUGCUUGCGAAUGUAAAAAUAGAACCAAUGGAUUUUGUUUAUGUAAAGAAACCACUGUAUUACAAAAUGAACCAAAAAUUGAUUUAAAAAGAUAA